UUUGAAGUACUAAUGUUAUGAAAUUUAAAAGGAAUAUGAUAUAAAGAGAUGAAUUUGAACUGAAGCAAAUGUGUACCUGCAAAUUUUGAAAGUAAUUUUUAUCUAUUUUAUCACAUAAAAAAAUGUAUUUUGUUUUUUAAAAAAAAAGAAGCAAAAUUUAGUUCUUUGAUUAUAGAAGUUAGUGUAUUUUGUAAAAAACUUUUGUACACUGACCUCACAUACACAUGUAUGUAACCCAGUAAGUUAUUUAUAUUCUGAAAGAAUUGGGGUAUUUUGGGAUUCUGCAUUUCCGAAGUAAUUGUACGAGUUAAUUAUAAAAAAAAAAAAAAAAAUAGUACGAAUAAGACAACGAACGAACUAUUGUUGUUGUCAUUUUGUGACCGAUUUCCUAUUUCAAUUUCACGUGGUUGAAAGUUUAUUUCAUCACGAAAGAUGUCGAAUUUUAUUCGUAGAACUUUUUUAUCCAUGAUGAGUACGAGAGCAUGCGUCCAACAUAAAGGAUACACAUCUGUGGCAAAUCUUGCAGAGCGCACUCCAUGCGGUAGGACAUUUUCUCGUUUCAUCAAAUUUCCGAGGCAAUUCGGAAGCUUCCAGCAGCGUUGGUCUCACCAGAAAAGUGCCAAUCUCGAAAGCUACAACAACUUGUCAAAAUAUCUAGAAGCUGAAAUUAAAGCAGAAAUGGAGGACGAAGUUGGUGAAGUUGGUAGUCUUCUUGAAGAGUGGACAAAAGAAUUCGAAGGAGUCAAAGUGGUCCUUUCAAAGAAAGUUGGGAACGAGACCGUGAGGGUGAAAUUUAACAUUGCGGGGGCACUUGAGGGAUGUGGUCCAGAAAGUGAGGAAUUAGAGGACGAUAUGCCGUUAGUUUGCAAGCCUCCAUUUGAAGUUGAAAUUGUCAAACCCAGUGGAAGUACAAUGGCUAUCCGUUGCAUGAUCGAAGAGGGUUUAGGAGAGGAGCCAUCGGAAGAUUAUGUAUCGGACAAAUUUGAAAUCAUUAAUGUUGCAAUGAGCAAGGGAGAAGUAGAAGAUGCAUCAUAUGUUUGUGAAGCAGAAAAUAUGGAUGUUGAUAUGUAUGAAGGUCUUUUUGAUGUUCUUAAUGAAAGAGGAAUCGACCAAGUUUUCAUUGAAAACUUGAUUGAAUUCAGCACCAAAUAUGAAAAGAAGGAGUACGUGAAUUUCCUUUCAUCAAUGAAGAAGUUUGCUGAUGAAUAAAACUAAGUAAAAAAAAAGGUCCUAGAUACAAUAGAUCUGUUCAUGAAUUGUGUGUUGCAAUGUUAUGAAAUAUCAGUUAUUCAUAAAAUAAAAUUGUGAAACUUCGA